AUGAGUGCUAACGACAACGACACGGGGAGAACAAGCCCCACGGUCAUCGUGGCUCCCACCACCAGCGGCAGAGAUAAAGCCGACCGUUUGGGGAAGAAGUUUGCCGACGCGAAGCGAAACAAUCGAUCACGGUUUGCGCCUUCGAGAAGUGCAGAAUCGCCAUACAACGUACUGACAUCUCCUUCCAAAAAUGAUCCUGUUAAGCUGAGCAGAUUGUAUUCAAUUAUGAACUCCAAACGGAGCACAAACAACAAAACAAAGCGGCUACGCGAGGAGCCCGCACUACGGCGCUCGGCCUCUGAUCUUGCGCAGGCGCAGACUAGUACUACACAAAACGCGUUGGUUUCUCAGUCACAGCCAGCCGUCGCGACUCCGAUCAUUAUCAGUGACACUCCGAAAACUGACCCUGUUGCCAGCGAACAAUCGAAACCAUCUCCGAACAAAUCGACGGCGUCUGAACCUCAAUCGCAGAGCAAGACUCCUCAGGCAACACGCAAUGGAAAUUCCCAGUCCACGCCGACAAACGGCUCCCAUCCGUCUCCAUCUCAAUCUGGCUCUAGCAAGACCCCCUUGACGCCCAGGCAGCUCCACCUACGCAUUAGUAAACAUGCGUUCGAAAAGAGUGCAGCUCAAAUAGGCGACACUAUCUCCACGUUCCAAGCCGUGGUGAGAAAUCCAGCGCGUCCCUCCAACACAGACCAGCGGCCUCCGGCACCAAAAUCACCCACGAAGCCCGCGUCGCCUGCUCCGCAAACUCCAAACCGACAGGCUGGUUCCCGGGACGCGGCCGGAAACCAGUCUGGAUCAGAUCGGAGGGUUUUGUUUUCUGGCAACGUUGAUAAGUCACCGAUUGCGUCGUCUCCAAUUAAAGAGCCUUACGAGCCGCGGUCGAUUUUGAAAGUGAGUCCGCCUAAGGCGGCUUUGCCCGAACCUGUUGGAGGUGACAUAGCUCAAGAGUGGCCGGCCGGUUUCUUGGUGCAGAGGGAGCCAAACGACGCAACCUCGGUUGAGCUGAUCAGAAAAUGCUACCGGCUUCUGCAGAGAGAAGACAAUCCGAGAAGAUUUGAAAUCCUUGCUACGCUUCACAACACGCUCAAGAUCAACAGCGUGGAGUUCAAUACUCGCGAGUUGAAUCACACCGACGUGUCGAGCAUCGCCAAGGUCGCCUCUGCGGAAAUUGCAAAGGCGUACGUAUCACCACAUAUGGACUUCAAUGCAGUGGAGUCGAGAACCACCAUAUUAGGAGUGAAGCUGAUUACCACGGUCAUGUCAAUGUUUGAGGUGUCGCAGACCGCAGAGAUAGUCGAGAUGUUGUGCGCGCUGGUGUUGAGACCGCGCAUAUCGAAAGCCAUGGCUUCCGCGUUUGUGCAGUUCUGCAAAGAGCAGUCCUGUAUUCUUCCUGGGGGCUCGAGUGAAAUGGCUAUCAAUGCGCUCAUCACCAUGCAAUUUUAUCCUAGCGGAACGAUUUUUCACGAGAAGGUACUUGCUUUGAAGAAGAUAGGUUCGAAGGCUCCAGCUAGCAUGCUCAAGACGUGCAACAAGUGGUUUCCAUUUAUCCUGGCUACCAUCAUGAGUGUUGAUCUGGGCUCACACCAAAGAGUUCUCCAGGCUGUGGUUGCACUUCUGAACGAGUGGGCUCCCAACUGCAAUCCUAGCAUUCGAGAGGACGUAUUGGCUCUAAUGAGCGAAAGUGCCGACGUUUUCGUGAAAUCGCACGCCGUGGAGGCGAGUUCAAACUUGCUAGAAGAUGGUUUAUCUGUUUGCGGUCUUUUAGUCAGGACACUCAACAUUACCCUUCGACGGGGUUCAUACGUUGAGGCAAUGAAGAUUUGGGCCUUGAUCACCUACUCGAUUUCUGCGUUCACCUGGAAUAAGGGGAUCGAGGAUUGGCCCCAUCUAGAAGCUUGGAUCUCGGUAUUUACCGAAUGCUUCAAUAGAGACGGCUUUCCUCCCAAGAUUGCCGCCUUGGAGGCAUGGAAGGGAAUCAUUUUCGCGUAUCAGAGCUCCAUGGUGUACCGGGCAUCUCUGUCUCCAAAGACAGACAGCGAAGAGGAGCUGAUCGACCUCAAGUUUCAUGUACUGGCUCACCCAUUUUUUGGUUUAGCAGUAGAGCUCAGUGACACUUUGUUUGUCGAAUACAAGAAGCUCUUUGUGCGGAUCUACCAUAGUCUAUACAAGUUCCUCACCAGGAACCCACAGGAUGAAGGAGGCGCUGUGAACGGUGCUAUUAAAUGGAUCUGUACGAUAAUGGGUCAGUUUUUCCUGGCAGAAUCGAGAAGUGUUGAGCAGUUGGAAUUUGGAAUCAAUUUCUUGGAGCAGAUGCUUACCUCAAACCACUCAAAACCAGAUUCAGCACAACUAAAACUACAGAAAGAUUGUUUUGUUGAUGACAUCGCAGUGGAUUCUCUCUCGGUACUACCAAUCAACACACUCUGGGUGUCUUCCUCGCCAGACCAAUUUGUCAACGUUCUGAAGAUUGCAUGCAAAUGCAACAUCCCUGUAACCAGGAAGCUCAAAUUAAUCACGUUGUUCGUCCGCGGAUUGAGAACGGGGCUUUCGCCAAGCUCCGUUAGUUUCACGCGAUGGAUGGAGCCGGUAAUCGCAAUGCUACUUGAUACAUUUUUCGAAACCGAGCAAGAUUGUCCCGAACCAGGCGAUAUGAAAGAAAUCGAGGGUAUUCUAGCUGACUUCUUUAAGGCCAUAGAUAUUCUCAACAGUCUGUACCUACAGGGAGAACACCAAUCUAUUUUCAUCGUUGUUUCUCAAUGGCUACGGAAACUAGACGAAAAGGACUCUCAACAUGGGUCCAACGUGGUAGCCGGCUAUUUGAACAAAAUUUUCUCCCUGGAUGUGAACCGAUAUGUGCAAGCAUGUGACCAGUUGCUGAACCAUUGCCAAGGUUUUGAAAAGCUGGUCACAGAUUCGCUAGUUGCGCAUGUGUGUUCGGCUUAUUUCACUGCGUCACCACUUGUGUGGACGUCUAUUUUCAAAAAAUUGGGCGAAGCUCACUACGUUGACAUCCUGUCUCGGCUUGUCUUGUACGAGAUUGGUCACGACAGCACCAUAGACGCACAGAAACACGAUGAGUUCUGGCAGGCUACCAAUGUUAAAACGGUAUCCGAAGAGCAACUAUAUGUCUUGUACGGCAUCCUGAUAUCGCGCCCGGGCACAGAGCUUCUCCGGUACCGAGUGAGCAAUUGUAUUCUCAACGAGAAGCCUACAUUAUAUCUUCCUAUUGUGAACCGAGUACUUAAUCGUCUUAUAAGUGAAGGUCAGUGUUCUAAAAAGGAACUCGAGCUAUUCCUCCAGAAAAAAGCUAACUUGACUCAUCACAGUGCUGCAGCUGGCAAUAUUCUGCUGAAAGAGAUGUUCAGAUUGGUGUCUCGACUGCAAGAGUUAAUCGAAGGGGUCCCACAAGCCCAAAGCUCGUCGGAACCCUCGAACGCGAAAAGUGAAGCUGAAAAAGUUCAGAACGUAGCAGCGAAGGAGACUCCUAAACAGCCCGUCCAGCAGACACCUGAGCCAGAACAGAACAGACCGCAGGAAACCGCAGGACAGGAAGCUCAACUGAAACAGUCUGAAUCGAAGCAAUCCGAACAAGAACAGCCUGAGCAACAGAAAUCCAAAACACAGGAGCCUGGACGACAAGACUUCUUGACUGCAGGCACAAGCGCAGAACUCACUACGUUUGUCAUACGCUCGGACGAUGAGGCAGAAGUACAGCCUACCGAUAAGUCGGGCACGACACCUGAGCAACCAGUUGCUACUUCCUCACCUCAGAAAUUGACCGAGCAGCCUGCUUCCGAGUCUGUCGUUUCUAAAAGUCCUCAAACUAACACGAGAGCACAAGACCAACCUACGGCACAACCUCACACUGUUUCGCCUGUCUUAGCACCGUCCAAUUCGUCGCCAGCCAAACCUCCGUCACGCGUUGCUGUUCAGCCAGUUGUGGAAGCACCUAUGACGGCACCUCCAGAGCCGUCGGCUAGCAGAACAGAGCUGCCGUUGGCUCAAGAUGAUGGAGUCGGCCAGCACCAGCCAGCAAGCGAUCCGCCACCCCAGAGGCCCCCUCCAGCAGUCGAGCUGUCCACACCGAGGCAACAAACACCUGCUGGCCAGUGGCAGAUGCCUCCUGUUAGAGAUUCUGCUGAGAGAAGUUUCCUUGGACAGGACACAAGCCAGUUUUUGCCACCAUAUCCGCCAAUGCCAUACUACGGCUAUCCCUACUACCCAAUGAUGCCACCUGCUACAGGGACUGCCGAGAUGCCUCCACAUAUGCACCACAUGCCAAUGUAUUAUCCUAUGCCUUAUGCUUGGCCUGCACCGUUUCCUGGCCCAGAAAGAGCUCUAGAUUCCAAAGACCCAGAGAACUGGGUCAAGCUUGAAGAGCUGGUGACGAAGCUUGCCCGCGAGAAUUUUGACGGGUUGGAUGGACUGGAGAUAACGAAAAAACGGAAACUUGAGGAUGACUUAUUUACGCUACUAACGUGUUUGAAGAGGAGACGCUAG